UUUGACUACACUCAUUUCUCCUGAAGGAUGAGAUCCCUGAAACACCUCAAGCAUCACUCCAGGAACAAUGAGGAGGAAGAUCGUGGCUGCUUGGAGCGAACCUACCCAAAGAUGACCGAGGGCCACGUAGAUGUGGCCACGCAAACGGAGCCCGUGGUGGUGCUAUCUCUGGCUCAGGCUGCUGUUCUUGGCCUCAUCUCCCAGAAUGAAAUCUUCGGGGCCACCAUCGCUCCAAACGGCUUUUACACAGGGGAGCCCAAAGAGUGUCCCCCUCCACCGCCCGAGUCUGUGGAGUACGAGUACGCCGACCAACUGAUAGGGGCCAAUGGGGACUACCUCGCCGAGCCUGCCGGGGAACCCGAGCCCCAUUGCAGCGAGAAAAGACGACCUGGGCCCCGUGGGAGAACCCAGAGGCUGAGGACGGACGAAGACUCGGAUUCUCUCCCACACAAAGAACCCGCUCCGCAGGCUCAGGUUAAAGGAGAAAGACUCGAGUCGGACAGCCCUCCUUCCUGCGCUCACAUGAACUGCAGGCACAGUCCCAGCAAGUCCGAGGAGUCAGUGACCCAGCAAGGCUCUCUGAAACAGGAAGAGGCGUGUGGAAACUGUACCUCGCGUGCGAGAGAUAAAUCCAGGCCGCAGAUAGAGGGACACAUAGAACAAGAGCAAGAAGACAGCUCUGUUAGCGAGAAAAAGAGGAAGGAAGAAGAACCAGUGGUGGAGGAACAAGAGGAGGAAGCACUAAACCUUAAGACAAGUGGAGAAACAACAAGUACUCUGGAGAACCGGUAUUAUGAUUCCAAUGAAGCAAAUUAUGAGUCCCCUGAUAUGGCGAUGCCGGGAGAAUUUGAGGAGAAUGGCCAGGCCAUGCUGUGGUCCGACCCAGAGGGACUCGCCAGACGAAUGCAGAUCGACAGACUGGACAUUAACGUGCAGAUCGAUGAGUCGUACUGUGUGGAUGUGGGAGAGGGUCUGAAACGCUGGAAGUGCCGCAUGUGUGAGAAGUCUUACACAUCGAAAUACAAUCUGGUCACACACAUCCUGGGCCACAAUGGAAUCAAGCCCCAUGAAUGUAUACACUGUGGGAAGCUGUUCAAACAGCCAAGUCACCUCCAGACUCACCUGCUCACCCACCAGGGAACUCGACCCCACAAGUGCACCGUGUGUGAGAAGGCCUUCACGCAGACCAGCCACCUGAAGAGGCACAUGCUGCAGCACACGGACGUUAAGCCCUACAGCUGUCGCUUCUGUGGCCGAGGCUUCGCCUACCCCAGCGAGCUGAGGACCCACGAGAACAAGCACGAGAACGGCCAGUGCCAUGUCUGCACCCAGUGCGGCCUCGAGUUCCCAACCUACGCCCACCUGAAGCGCCACCUCACCAGCCAUCAGGGCCCCACCACAUACCAGUGUACCGAGUGCAACAAGUCCUUCGCCUACCGGAGCCAGCUGCAGAACCACUUGAUGAAGCACCAGAACGUGCGGCCGUAUGUUUGUCCGGAGUGCGGGAUGGAGUUUGUCCAGAUCCACCACCUUCGUCAGCACGCCCUCACUCACAAGGGUAUGAAAGAAUUCAAGUGUGAUGUCUGCGCCAGAGAGUUCACCCUGUCCGCCAACCUGAAGAGACACAUGUUGAUCCACGCCAGCGUCCGGCCCUUCCAGUGCCACAUCUGCUUCAAGACCUUCGUCCAGAAGCAGACCCUCAAAACGCACAUGAUUGUCCACCUUCCCGUCAAGCCGUUCAAAUGCAAGGUGUGCGGGAAGUCGUUCAACAGAAUGUACAACCUCCUCGGCCAUAUGCACCUCCACGCUGGCAGCAAGCCCUUCAAGUGUCCUUACUGCACCAGCAAGUUCAACCUGAAGGGCAACCUGAGCAGGCACAUGAAGGUCAAACACGGCAUCAUGGACACCACAAUAGAUGGACACGAACCCCCCCAAGAGACAGAAGGGCAGGAGGACUACGAAGAGGAGAGUUUUGAAUUCAGCGAGCGAGAAAACCGGGCUAACAACAACAACACGCCAGAUGUAGCCAAACUCUCUCAAAUGGAGUACUACAACACCUACGGGAAGAACACUGGGCGCUUUAGCACGGCAUAAGAGUUCAAACGAACACAAGUAUAAAAAUCAAAACUACGGUUUUAGUUUUGUUGCUGUUAAAGGCGUAGAGCUUGGAUCCCUUGCUAACAGAUGUGAGGAGAUCCAUUAAAACUGCACAUUGAUAUGCACUGGAAUCACGCGUAAGGCUUCGAAAUGUGAAUCAUGGAUACUUUUUUUUAAUCUAAUCAUGUUUUUAUUUAAAGCAAGGCAAAUUUACUGAUUUUAUUUUAAAGAUCGGCAUUAUAAGAUACAAGUUUUUAGUAAGAACAACACCAUUUCAGUUGCUUAAAAGGUGUAGUUCACUACUUUUGUGGUGGGGUUUUGUUGAAAAGGCUUAAAGAAUAUGUUACCUGUUGUUGGUGGUAGGGCAGGGCAAUACGGCUCAAAGAUCAAUAAUUAUUGAUUCAUUUUUUGUUUUAUCCAUUUGAAAUGAGAACCAGGAGAAAGAAGGCUGAUUUUAAGCUGCCAAACUGGUGAUGUGUUUUAGCCACAAUUUCCGUUCAAGCUGUUGCAUCAWUUUCUCCUUUCACUUCAUGUACUGUAUUUCCUUUUUUUUAUUUAAGCAGUUAUGAGGCAUGGUGGUAAAACAUGAAACUGCUGCUCCAUGUUACUCAAAAGGUUGUUGCUAGCUACCAAAAAGUGGGAGUUGGUUGAUGCCACCAACCUUUCUUAGCUGGGCAGUAAGAGGCUAAAGCCUUUUCUCUGCCUACAUCCCCCAGAAUGCUGUGCAGUUAUGGAUCACAGUUCAGUGAAAUUAYCAUCAUUCUAUUGUACAGGUUUUCUUUUGAUAUAAAUCACUUGUCUGUCAUUAUAUUGUUUUAUGGAUUUACUGCCCAGCCCUAGUAGAUCUCUUUGAGCGACCUAAGUUUGGAGAAAUACAGUUAGUUUGACUGGAUAGAUGAGCUAAUGACAACCAACUCCAGCUUCAAUUAUUUUUAGUAUUUUACAUGAAAGUUAGUUGACAAACUUCAUAAACAGUUUUACAUUAUAUGGCUAUUUACGUAGAAUUUUGACUGAGGCCAUUAAAAGACAUGUACAAUGAUGUUUCAACAGAACCCGACAUCAAAAGAUCUGAACUUUCUUUUCAAGAUUUUCAUCUAAGGCCUAAAACGAAAGCACAUUUUGAGCAAGAUCUGCAUGUCACUCUGAACUUAUUCAAGUAAUUCCAGUUUUUUUCUCAGUCUGCUGGGUUUGUCGAUGUAAAAGGUGAGGGAACAAGUGUUCUUUCACCUGCUCCARCCUACCAAAAGGUUAAUGGUUCACUUUGAUUUAUACUGUGAAAAUUUAAGCUCUGCAAAAUGACUUAAAUUCAAUUUUAGCUUUCAACCUGUAAAUGACUGUACAGAACGCAUCAGUCCUCCUGUAUAUUGACUGGUACUGUAAUCAGUGCGUUGCACUAAAAGGACCACUGUGUCUACUUCUUACCAUUCUGCAUUAACAAACCUCACCCCGUAUUGAUUUCCAGUCUAUGAAUGUAACCGUUUCUGUGGAAUGUUUUCAGACACUGACGACGAGAAACAUUUUAAUUCCCUCUUUGCAAUGGUUUUACCAAAGAAGUUGAUCAAAUCCUGCAGCUACGCGGGCGCGCCAUCAGUCUCAUUUCCUCGCUGUUGUGUUGGUACACUGAAUUUAUUAGACCUCAUGAAAUCACAUUCAGGUUUACCUUUAUCCUUCCUGUAGAUCUUUUCAAGAUUACCACAGUGGUGCAGCGUACUUGUUUUAUUUUUUUCAUCCAAGUCUCCGCUGCAGCAUUUUCAAUAAGAAGGCAAACCCUGCAUUCAUACUGCUUUUCUUUUUUUUGUUGUUGUUGUUAUGGAUGAAUCUCACCAAGAAUUGUCCCAAAAAACUCGGACAGAAAUAUUAAGUGCCCCAGUGUGUCUGCGAGAGCAUGCUAUCCAUCACGCUGUACUCCGGUCUCAAGUGAUGAACGACAACCUCCCAACAUGUGACAGGGCCAUGGACCCUGCGGAAAAUGAUUUGGAAAUGCUCAAUAUAUUCAGUUUUCCACUGCUUAGUUUUUUUUUUUUCAAACUUGAAAACAAGGUAUCCAUUUGCAAUGUUGAUAUAGUGCGUAAGAUUAAAAAUAAGUGCUCAGUUUUGUGAGUUUUUUUUCCAGCUYCUGUGUUUUCACACUGUCACUAUUUUAGUGACAAGGAGAGGCAUCUGUAUUAGACUUACGUGUGAAGAUAUGAACAGAAUUGUAUGUAUUAUGUUGUGUACCACACGAUACUGUCCAAAAAUAAAUUUAUUUACCUUUAA